AUGUGCAGCGCCGCUCCUCGUGGCCUCGUCCUGCAGCUGGCGCCUAAGAAGGCAUUGCGAGCAUCAUCCUCCUCCGGGGGGUGGACCGUGGUCCCACCCACGGCGAGCGGUGGGGUCCUUGGUGAGGCCGCAGACCCCUCCGCGGGGGUGGUCCCGGUGAUGGCGGCUAGCGGAGCGGCGGCGGCGCUGGCCGCGGGAGGGGGAGCGGACCCUAUUCCAUCUUCGGUUCCCCCGGUCGCCCCUACGGCGCAGGGCAUCAUCCCCCCGGGUCCUCAGACCGGGGAGGUGAUUGAUCUUGACGCCGACGAGGCGAAGGGGACGACGGCGAUGGGAGGUGGGACGGAUGCCCCCGCAGCCGUGGCGGGAUCGGCGGCGGAAGGGCCGCCUGCCCCUGAGACUGCGGCGGAGGAGGCAACAGCGACGGUGGCGGGGACCUCCGCCCCGAUCAUCCCCGUGGAAGUGGCUCCGGCGGCAGAGGCAGAGGGGCCCGCUGGGGGGACUCCGGCAGGAGUGGAGGAGCCUCCCCUGGUGGUUGCGGCGGAGGGCGAGGUAGCCGCGGGGAUACCUAUCUUGCCGCUUGCGUCGGAGGCAGCGCCGCCAUUGGGCGACCCUGCGGCGGCCUCGGUGGCGACGAGUGUGCAGGUGCCGGGGCCGUCGGUGAACCCGGCGGCUUCCGGCGAACUCGCCAAGCUGAAGAGCUUGCUCGACGCGAAGCGCAGUGAGCACGGCGCCCUGCGGGAUGCGGUCCGCGUCGUCUGCGACGGCUUUGGCGUGGUUCCGGAGGAGGGGUCAAGCUCUCUGCCGGCUCAUGUCCUCGGGGUGCACCGCCGGGGUAGCGAGAUCGCUGUGGAUGCGCUUCACACCGGCGUGCGGAUGAGCGGAGGGUACGCCGCCGGUUACUCCGAGGCCGAGCUGGACGAGAUCGACGCGGCGGUGUUCACCCUGGCUGAGGCCCUCGCGAAGCUCCUGGAGGAUGAGGCCUUCCCUCCUGCAGACCCCCCCGACAAGUUAGCUGUACUGGGCUUGCGCCCAAAUUGUAACUAUGUCAUUUUUGAACUUGUUUCGUGA